GUCCCCCGCGCCCCCGCCGCCGCCCCGACGGGCGCCCGCCGCCGCCGCCGCCCGGGCCCCGCGGCCACCAUGAAGAAGGAGGUGUGCUCCGUGGCCUUCGUCAAGGCCGUGUUCGCCGAGUUCCUGGCCACCCUCAUCUUCGUCUUCUUCGGCCUCGGCUCGGCCCUGCAGUGGCCGUCGGCGCUGCCCACCAUCCUCCAGAUCGCGCUGGCCUUCGGCCUGGCCAUCGGCACCCUGGCCCAGGCCCUGGGGCCCGUGAGCGGCGGCCACAUCAACCCGGCCAUCACGCUGGCCCUCCUGCUGGGCAACCAGAUCUCCCUGCUGCGCGCCGUCUUCUACGUGGUGGCCCAGCUGCUGGGCGCCAUGGCCGGCGCGGGCAUCCUCUACGGGCUGGCACCGGCCAACGCGCGGGGCAACCUGGCCGUCAACGCGCUCAACAACAACACGACGGCCGGCCAGGCCAUGGUGGUGGAGCUGAUUCUGACCUUCCAGCUGGCGCUCUGCAUCUUCUCCUCCACCGACCCCCGCCGCACCGGCCCCGUGGGCUCCCCGGCCCUGUCCAUCGGCCUGUCCGUCACCCUGGGCCACCUCGUGGGGAUCUACUUCACCGGCUGCUCCAUGAACCCCGCCCGCUCCUUCGGCCCCGCGGUGGUCAUGAGGCGGUUCACGCCGGCACACUGGGUGUUCUGGGUGGGGCCCAUCGUGGGGGCCGCCCUGGCCGCCAUCCUCUACUUCUACCUGCUCUUCCCCACCUCGCUGAGCCUGAGUGAGCGGGUGGCCGUCGUCAAGGGCACGUACGAGCCGGAGGACGACUGGGAGGAGCAGCGGGAGGAGCGGAAGAAGACCAUGGAGCUGACCGCCCACUGACCAGUCAGACAAGAGCUAGCCCCUCACCCCUGAACCCGCCUCCCCCCCACAAAAAAAAAAAACCAACAAAGCUUCCUUCCCCACAGCCGGGUCCUCUAGGGGGGAGGCACUGGCUCCCCAGGCUGCAGUUAGAAAUGGGAGCGGGAACCCAUGAUGGGACUCUCGGGUGGGGCCAGGGGCUAAGGUCUGAUGGGAAGGGGGUCUCUCUGAGACAGGCCAGGCGCUGCCAUGAGGUGAGACCUCAGAGAGUGUGAACACAGCACUGAGCCACCGGGGCCAGGCCAGUUGGGAGUGGCCUGCAUUCCUCACUCCCCAGCCCCCCACCACCCCCCAAGAG